AUGUGUGAAACAAGAUCUCACCAGCCAGGACCACAUUUAGGGGAGGACCUGCAAGAAGAAGGGGCAGCUGAAUAUUACACAAUACAGACCCAGGGCUUCGAAGGGGCCUGGCGGCGGAGCAGGGCCGUGCCCGGCGGGGCGGGGGCGGCUCCUCCUGCCGGGAAGGUGCCGGGAAGGUGCCGGUGGCCGCCCCGCCGCCCGCCCCCCGCCGCCGCUCCGCCCCCGGGGCUGGCGGGGCUCGGGGCGGGCUCGCUCCCCGGCGGCAGGGGAGCGGGCGCGGGGCAACGCAACUUCGGCAAGAUGAAUGUGGAGAACCAGGAUGUGCUGCUGGAUCUGGAGGGGGAGGAGGAGGAGGAAGAGGAGGAAGAUGAUGAUAACGAUGAUGGGGAGAUCGUCUUGGAACUGAACCAGGUGAUUAUUCCCACUUAUGGAACUGUGCCAGACCAGCAAAACCUUCAUACUCCUGAAUGGGUGGAUUUUGAUGAUAAGCCUGACUCCUUGUUCUUCAAAGAUGGGCAGCGAAGAAUUGACUUUGUUUUGGUGUAUGAAGAUGAAAGUAAAAAAAUGACUCAUAAGAGGAGUGAUCGUAAAAAGCAAAAGAGGAAGAGACAAGUAUAUGAAUCAAACCUGAUAAACAAUGGCUUGCAACUAGAAGCAACGAGGUCGGUUUUGGAUGAGAAGCUUAUUUUUGUGAAAGUGCAUGCACCUUGGGAAGUGCUGUGCACGUACGCCGAGGUAAUGCACAUCAAAUUGCCCCUGCAACAGAAUGACAUGAAAACCCGAAAGUCAGCCUUCAACUGGUUCAGUAGACUCUUCAGGGUGGACGAAAAUAUCAUCAAACCUGAGCAAGAGUUUUUCACUGCCCCUUUUCAAAAGGAACAUUUGUCCAACUUCUACAUCCAAGACAAAGACACAUUUUUCAAUCCUGCAACUAGAAGCCGAAUUGUUCAUUUUAUCCUGUCCCGUGUGGAAUAUGCAACAAAAAAUAAUGUGAAAAAAUUUGGCAUUAACAAGUUACUGGACACUGGAAUCUACAAAGCAGCAUUUCCCCUUCAUGAUUCGAGUUUUAGGCACCUGUCGACUGAUCCCAGCUGCCCAAGCGAACGAUAUCUCCUCUACAGAGAAUGGGCUCAUCCUAAAAACAUUUUCAAACUGCAACCCCUGGAUUUCAUCAGGAAAUACUAUGGAGAGAAAAUUGGCAUCUACUUUGCUUGGCUGGGCUUUUACACAAAUAUGCUGACUGUGGCUGCAGUUGUAGGAGUUGGCUGUUUUCUGUAUGGAUGCCUGACAAAGGACAACUGCACAUGGAGCCAAGAAGUAUGUGACCCCAACAUAGGAGGUAAUAUCAUAAUGUGCCCUCAGUGUGAUCAGGCAUGUACCUACUGGAACCUCACCAUCACUUGUGAAUCAUCCAAGAAACUUUGUAUAUUUGAUAGCUAUGGAACACUGGUGUUUGCAGUAUUCAUGGGAAUAUGGGUUACCUUUUUUUUGGAGUUUUGGAAGCGACGGCAGGCUGAACUGGAGUACGAAUGGGACACAGUUGAGUACUUGGAGCAAGAAGAGCAAGUUCGCCCUGAAUACGAAGCUCGCUGCACUCACGUAGUGAUGAAUGAAAUCACACAGCAAGAAGAACAUGUGCCAUACACUGCAUGUGGGAAGUGCGUGCGGAUGACUUUCUGUACAAGUGCCAUCUUCUUCUGGAUCCUUUUGAUUAUUGCUUCAGUUGUUGGAAUCAUUGUCUACAGGCUCUCUGUUUUCCUGGUGUUCUCUGCGAAGCUGUCACAGCACAUCAGUGGAACGGAGGCGAUCCGCAAGUACCUGACUCCACAGACAGCCACAUCAAUAACCGCUUCCCUCAUCAGCUUUGUUGUCAUUAUGAUUCUCAACAUCAUCUAUGAAAAAGUGGCAAUCCUGAUCACUGACUUUGAACUUCCAAGGACACAGACUGACUAUGAAAACAGUCUGACCACAAAGAUGUUCUUGUUCCAGUUUGUCAACUACUAUUCUUCAUGCUUCUACAUAGCUUUCUUUAAGGGUAAAUUCGUAGGUCACCCUGGAAGUCCAGUUUAUUGGCUAGGAAAGUAUCGCAAUGAAGAGUGUGAUCCAGGUGGAUGUCUCCUCGAGCUCACAACCCAGCUUGCCAUCAUAGUGGGAGGGAAAGCUAUCUGGAACAACAUCCAAGAAGUGCUUGUUCCUUUGAUCAAGAAUCUAAUUGGACGAUAUUCUGCAGCUGCUAAAUCAGAAAAAGUUGUUCCACGUUGGGAACAUGACUACCACCUCCAACCCAUUGGAAAACUUGGACUAUUUUAUGAGUAUCUUGAAAUGGUUAUACAGUUUGGCUUUGUGACGCUCUUUGUGGCAUCAUUCCCCCUGGCUCCUCUUCUGGCCCUUAUGAACAACAUGCUGGAAAUCCGGCUGGAUGCGUGGAAACUGACAACGCAGUUCAGGCGCAUGGUUCCACAGAAGGCACAGGACAUUGGCGCCUGGCAGCCCAUCCUGCAGGGCAUAGCCAUUCUGGCCGUGGUCACCAAUGCUUUGAUCAUUGCUUUUACAUCUGACAUGAUUCCUCGUCUGGUUUAUUACUGGUCCUUUUCGGUCCCUCCUUACGGGAGUCACAGCACUCACACUAUGGAGGGGUAUAUAAACAGCACACUUUCUGUCUUCAAUAUAUCAGACUUCAAGAAUGCAAGCAAGCCUUCCUCCCCUUGGUUUGGGAACCAAACAACAUGCAGAUACCGGGAUCUCCGCUACCCUCCCGGUCACCAGCACCAGUAUGAGCACAACAUAUACUACUGGCAUGUCAUUGCAGCCAAGCUGGCUUUCAUCAUUGUCAUGGAGCAUGUCAUAUACUUUGUGAAGUUUAUUAUUUCAUAUGUAAUUCCGGAUGUAUCAGAGAAGACCAAGAGCAAAGUCAAACGAGAGAAGUACCUCACACAGAAACUAUUACAUGAGAAUGAUCUCAAAGGUGUGAAAAAAACGAUGGGCAAAAUAGCUGAGAAAAUCAUCAAAGGAGCAGACAGCACUUUCCGACCUAAAGAUGAAUAAGUACUUUUUCAUAUGGAAUAACAGUACUUGGACGACUGAUAUCUGUCCAGAUAUUGCCAAUAGCUAUCAAGCACUUUGG